UGGGUCACGUGACGCGACGCGCCCCCUACGUGGUUGACGUAGCGGGGAGGCGAGUUGGCCCAGCGGCUGCUGGGUCGGCUGCUCGGCGGUGGUGGCGGUUGUAUGUGAAGCCGGUGGACGCCGCCGCCGGGCUCCAGGAAGAUGUUACCAAGUACUUCGGUGAAUUCCCCAGUGCAGGGGAACGGAGUGUUGAGUUCUAGGGAUGCAGCCAGACACACAGCGGGAGCAAAACGCUACAAAUACCUGAGGAGGCUUUUCCGUUUCCGGCAGAUGGACUUUGAGUUUGCUGCCUGGCAGAUGCUCUACCUGUUCACUUCCCCACAGAGAGUUUAUAGAAACUUUCACUAUAGGAAGCAGACGAAAGAUCAGUGGGCCAGGGAUGACCCGGCUUUCUUGGUCCUGUUAAGUAUCUGGCUCUGUGUGUCCACAAUAGGAUUUGGCUUUGUGCUGGACAUGGGGUUUUUUGAGACGAUAAAGCUGCUCCUUUGGGUGGUAUUCAUAGACUGCGUAGGCGUCGGUCUUCUCAUAUCAACCUUAAUGUGGUUUAUCUCCAAUAAGUAUUUAGUGAAACGGCAGAGCAGAGACUAUGAUGUGGAGUGGGGCUAUGCCUUCGACGUGCAUCUGAAUGCUUUUUAUCCUCUCCUGGUCAUUCUGCAUUUUAUACAGCUUUUUUUCAUCAACCAUGUCAUCCUAACAGACACAUUUAUUGGAUAUUUAGUCGGAAAUACCUUAUGGUUGGUUGCUGUUGGCUACUAUAUCUAUGUAACUUUCUUAGGAUACAGUGCACUGCCAUUUUUGAAACACACGGUGAUCCUUCUCUACCCGUUUGCACCUCUCAUCCUGCUCUACGGGCUGUCACUAGCACUGGGCUGGAACUUCACCCACACGCUCUGCUCCUUCUACAAGUACAGAGUGAAGUGAGCCAGGGCGCCCCUUACAUCUGAGCAGCAGUAUUGGUGAGGUGGUGAUUUCUUGUGAAACCUGUAAAUAAACUAUCAUUGUAGAUAUCUUAAAGGUAUAAAGUUUGCAGAUUUGAAGAACUAUAAAUGUUAAUACUUAGUACAUUCCUUAAAACUGAUUAAAUGUACAUUUCUACAAUAAAUAUUUUUUAAACUAAA